AUGGCCAGCCUCACCUACACCCCCGUCGAGAACGUCCCCAUCGCCCACCACACCGUCUACAACAAGUUCCACACCAACGAGACCCGGAAACUCCAGUUCCGUAUCCGUCAACUGCAAAAGCUGUACUGGGGCCUCAAGGAUGAAGAGCCAGCGCUGUUGGAGGCUUGCAAGCUCGACCUGGGCAAGAGCGCCUUCGAGACAUACCUCACCGAGGUGGGAUGGGUGCUGAACGACAUCCUCUUCAUGAUCAAGAACCUCAAGAGAUUCGCCAAGGACGAGAAGGCCGAGGACACCAGCUUGAUGAACAUGGCCAUGUCGCCCAAGAUCCGCAAGGAUCCAUUGGGCGCUGUUCUCAUCAUUGGAGCCUACAACUUCCCCAUCCAAUUGACACUAGGUCCUCUUGUCGGUGCCAUUGCAGCUGGCUGCACGGCCGUCAUCAAGCCUUCCGAGAAUGCCGUCAAUGCUGCGAAGAUCAUGGAGAAGAUCAUCAAGAACUCGCUCGACCAAAACGCAUACCAAGUCGUCCAAGGCGGCGUCCCAGAGACAACCGCCCUCCUCGACUGCAAGUGGGACCUGAUCUUCUACACCGGCAGCGCCAACGUCGGCAAGAUCAUCUCCAAGAAAGCCGCAGAGACUCUUACCCCUGUGGUCCUCGAACUCGGAGGCAAGAACCCAGCCAUCAUCACCAAAAACGCCGACCCUCGUCUCGCCGCCCGCCGCCUCCUAUGGGCCAAACUCAUGAACGUCGGUCAAGUCUGCGUCUCCCAAAACUACAUCCUCGUCGACAAGGAGAUCCUCCCGGCCUUCCUCAAACAACUCGAAGUCGCCUUCAAAGAAUUCCAACCCAAGGGCGCCGAAUCCGCCGAAGACUACGGCAAAGUCAUCAACGAACGCCAAUGGCUCCGCCUCAAACAAAUGCUCGACUCCACCUCCGGCAAGAUCCUCAUCGGCGGCAAAACCAACCAAUCCACCCUCUUCUUCGAACCCACCGUCGUCCAAGUCUCCUCCCCCGACGACUCCCUCCUCAAAGACGAAUCCUUCGGCCCCCUAAUCCCCAUCCUCCCCGUCAACAGCCUCGACGAAGCCGUCCGCAUCGCCAACAAGGUCGACCCGACCCCCCUCGGCCUCUACCCCUUCGGCACCAAAGCCGAAGCCGCCAAAAUCCUCUCCAUGACCCGCUCCGGCGGCGCCUCCAUCAACGACGGCUUCUUCCACGCCUCCAUCCCCACCCUCGAAUUCGGCGGCGUCGGCGACAGCGGCCAGGGCGCCUACCGCGGCAAAGCCUCCUUCGACGCCUUCACGCACCGUCGCGCCAUCACCACCACACCCUCGUGGGUCGAAGGCCUCCUUGCGAUCCGCUACCCACCCUACACCAACGCGAAGCUGAAGCAGUUCCGCUCGAUGAACGACUCGAAGCCGAAUUUCGACCGGAAUGGUCGCCCGACGGGUGGGUUGGUGUGGUGGGUGCUUGGGCUGGGGAGCAAGAGCGCGGCGGGCGCGGGUGGGAGGUGGGUGCUUGUUGCGGCGAUUGCCGUUUUGGCGGCAAGAUACAAGGACUUGAUUGUUAACUGA